CUGCACCGCCCCGACCCAGCCCCUCCUCUCCUCUCCUCUCCUCUCCUUCCCUCUUCCCCGGUGUGUGAGCCAGGACCACCGCUCCAUCCAGCGGAUAUCUUGGCGAAGAACCCGAGAGGAAAACAAUCAAAUCGGAGGCGAUGGACCCGCGGAAGGAGUAACAGUGCGACUAGAAAGGGGGCACAGGCUCUCAGUGCUGAGUAGAAGGACAGAGACAGAGUGAGGACAGAAGAAUCUAACGGUUUCCCACAAAGCUGUCUUGCCCCAUGUCUGCCCCUGCUCCAGCCAAUCGGAGGUCUGGGUUAGGCUCUCGCCGGUUUGACUACUGCAGAUUCAUAGAGCUAGACUACAUUCCCAUGGAGACAGGCUAUAUGGUCUCAAUGCGUCCGACUAAAGGCUAUACAUCAAUCAAGUCGCCAACUAAAGGAUACGCUUCCACCAAGUCGCCAGAUCGCCACAGCCGUACAACAAACUCUCCCUCCACCCCCCGCUCUCGGCGAACACCAGCCGCGCCCAGUAGUAGAGAUCCCUAUGGCAACGCCUCCGUCAGCAGCGGCAGCAACUCAGGCUCAUGUAAAGGCAGUGACUGCAGCCCCACCAAAGGACGUCAUCAGAAGUACACGUCAUGUACGGACAACCAUGGAAUCCGGCCCCCACCACCAGAGCAGUACCUCUCACCCCUGCAACAGAAAGAGGUGUGUAUCCGACACCUUCGGGCCAGGUUAAAGGAAACGAUCAACACUCUACAAGACAGGGACACAGAGAUAGAUGAGCUGAGAGGCCAGCUUUACAGGAUGCAGGAGGACUGGGUGGAGGAGGAAUGUCACCGUGUGGAGGCUCAGCUGGCAUUGAAGGAGGCACGUCAGGAGAUCCAGCAGCUCAAACAGGCUGUGGACACUGUUCGUGCCAGGCUGAGUGAUGCUGGAGGACUUACUGGUGAUAUAGGGGUCCAAAAGUACUUCCAAGACAUCAACACUCAGAACCACAAACUUGAGAACCUUUUGCUCAACAUGGAGCUAGCCCAGGCUGGAUUAGCCAAAGAGGGAGAGGCCAUAUCAGGCUGUCGGUCCCGUGUUGGGGGUUCAGCACCAGCAUCUGUAUCAGGGGAGAGUCCAGGCGGAAUACCAAAACCUGGAAUAGGAGGUAGGGGUUCCUGCUCCUGUGACGGUUCGCCAGCCCGUUCUCUUACUCGGAGCUCCACCUACACUAAACUAAGUGAUCAGGCACUGGCUGACCGGAACGGCAAUGGCCCAGACUUUCCUUGUCUGUCAGGUGAUGGCACCCAGGACAGUGGCUUUGUGUGCGGUGAGGAAAGUAGCAUCCCAAGUCGGGCUGACCUGCUGCUGGAAGCUGCCUUCCUCUCUGAGGAAACUGCAUCUUUACUCAACUCCUACACACAGACCUUUUCCCACACUCUGCCUCACUCUCUGCCUCACCCUCUACCCCACUCCCUACCCAACUCUUUGACCCACUCUCUAUCAAAUUCUCUGCCUCACACAUACUCCCAUACCUUACCUCAUUCUUUCCCCCAUAUGUCCCACUCUGUGCCCCACACUAUGCCACACUCUUCCACCUAUGAGAAGCUGUGUACAGGUGAGCGAUUGGCACAAUUUCGUUGUGGCCUAGGUGGAGUGGGCUGCAUGAGCCAUCCAUGCCUUUCUCACCAUCACCUUUACCUUCACCCCCUGCGGGAGACAGGCAUUCAGACCGAAAGCUGCCCCAUUCCUGCAACAGCAGGUUACCCGUCUGAUCUGGAUACCAUUGCAGAGCAACGCACUUUCCGCUCCCAGGCCUGCAGCCCCACCUCCACCUGGAUGUCUGAUGAGGGGGAGGAAGAGCUGGACUCUAUCACCACCACAACUUCAGUUACCACAGCAACGGUAGUGAGUACAGCCACAGAGCCGAUUCCGGUCUCCAAAACAACACUGGUUCCUCCCUUACCCCGCUCCGCUACUGUGGCAUGUUCUAUGGAAAGUCCUCUGUUUGGGGGUGAUGAAGGAGUGGAGGAAGUAGAAAAGGAGGAGAGAGACAACAAAGAGAAUGAAGCCGUGGCAACAGAGAAGCCAGAGGAAACAACAGCACUAAGAGUGGCAGAAGAUGGGCUGGAGUUUCAGAUGGGAUCAGUGGGACGAAGCAAGAUGGAAGUUCAGGGUGCAGUGGAGGAGGCAGCUCCAUCAAAACUGUGUGAUUUAGCAGAGACAUCAGCAGGGACACAAGGUGAGCUUACAUUUGGAGGAUGCUGUGGAGAAGGCAGACAGGGUGGGAUGACAGUGGAGAACCUCAGGGUUGAAACCACGCAUCAAGAAGUUGGUCUAUCAGAAGGCUCAUCCCAUGUAGAGGAGACAGAGCAGAGUCCAAAUUGCCCGGGAUUAUCACCAGGCGUAGAACAGCCUCACACCUCCCAGCCAAGGAGAUCUACCUCCGCUGAGGAAAUAGCUGGUGUUACUGUAGUGGAGGUCUAUGAUGAGGACGAUGAAGAUGACGCUAAAGAACACGGGGCCACAGGGGGUGCCACGGCAGAGGAAGAUAAUCCAUCUGACUCUGGUAGAAUUCAGAAAAGCUACUGGAGUCGCCACUUCCUGGUCGAUCUGCUAGCUGUGGCAAUCCCUGUGGUGCCAACAGUGGCUUGGCUUUGUCGCGGUCCAGUUCGUGGCGGACAGCCCAUGUAUCAUAUAGGGUCACUGCUGCGUGGCUGUUGCACUGUGGCGCUGCAUUCGCUGCGCAGGGGAGGUGGGUUGAGGCAUUACCCCGCGGGCGGGGGAGACCUGGGCGGAUCAAUGAUAUGAGAGGAGAAUUGGUUCAGCGCUUCUGUGUUCCCAGAGCCUAACUACAAUCUCUCCUUUAUGGGUCUUGGUCCUUAGCUUGUUGGAAGAUACCUGUAGUGUAGGGCUGGAAAAAUCUCCCUGUCCUCCAUUUCUGAUCAGGCCUGAUAGCCGAGGGGAGCAUAAGGAACAGGAAAUGUGCAUUCAUGACUAAGAUCUCUGACAGCUAAACUCUGUUCUGUUUGGUCCUGCUCCUUAUCGUCUCUUACCCACUGGUCCUUGCUGUUGCUACCAAGAUGUCUGCUAACACUACUGACUUGUGCAAAACUGAAUGAGCAGAUUGAAAUGAAUGAUCUGUGCUUGGAUGUUUAAAACUGAUUCCUUUAUUUUUAAGUGCAGGAAAAUGUUGAAGGUUCAUUUAUCUGUCAGCCUACCAGUCUGAGUCAAUCCUGACAUGUUUGAAUUCCAUUGUCUGCAUUAGACAAGCCAAUCCAGUGAGUGAGGGCAAAUCCACCCUAAUUCAGAAUGCUAUCACGUCCAAUGACUGGAGACAGUUUGGGCUUUUCUUUGAGUCUUCACCAUCUUUACUACUUGAACAUGGAGCUUAUAAUUAUCAAGAAACAGAACUCAGGUCUAAGGGUAGAAACACACUGAAAAAACACCACAGUAAAGCUGCCAAGAACCAUAGACUUCCAAAACUCAGCUGUUGGCUAGAUUUUAACACCAAAGUAGUUGCUCAUUAGAUUGGAUUGUAUGAUGUUUAGAUUGAGGGGAUCACAACACCAUAAAGGGGGCAUUCAGAUCGAUCACCAUCCUGCAUUCAAAUAAAUGAAGGGGCUAUAUUGGCAAGUGCACUACACAUGAGCUCAGGAAAUUUGGUUUGAGUAACAGAUCCAGGAGUUUGAGGGCUUACCAGACUGAAAAAUACUGGUUUUCCAUUGUACUCAAAGACAGGAUGUUAUAAGUCUGGAAAGUUGGCAUCAGUUAUUCAAUCUUUUGUCAUGACAAUCACAAGGUAAACAGUAGAAACACAGAAUUCCGCUCACAAAGUAAUCUAUUGCAUUUAUGUGAGAUUGGAAUGGUUUUUUUUUGUUCAUUUUGUGAGCCCUUUGAGCUAAUGCUUUGUUGCUGGGCUGGCCUCAUUCAAAUCAAUGAUGGUGUGCAUUUUAGGAAGGCUAAACUUGGUCUGAACACUGCGUAACCGCCCAACAAAUCAACUAUCUGGAUGUUAGAUGGAUCAGAUGGAUUUUUGGCACAAAUUAACAUUUUUUCAACUUCCUUGAAGAUUGUCCUCGGAAUAAAAUGUACUGCUUCAUUCCCCUAAACCCCUAUGCCCAGUAACCCCAAGACAGCCUGACUUAGCUGCGUAUCUUUCCAAUUCGAAAGCAAAAGGUCUAAAUUUCAAAUAUUAAUAGGGUGAGAUUUGCCACUUCUCGUGGAAAAAGAAUGGUAGCUGCUCCAUCCAGCUCGCUGAGGUCAGUGUGUUUCUAUCCUGAGAAAAUGUGAUUACGUCUAUAGACACCGAAAAUAGCUGAUUCAGAUGCAACAGCUCAAGUUAAGUGAAUUUACAAAGUUGGUCUACAGUUAAUUAUCCUGCAAAUCUACAGAUUUAUUCAGGUCAAUCAGUUGUUACUUCCCUGUGGGUUUUACUGUGCAGUCACAGCCAUAGCCUACACAAGUAGUCUACAUUUUGUGAAAUAUGCUCAUGGUAGGAAGAUUGGCUGCACAAUUAAAUUAUUUUAUUCCCAUUCAAGUAAGCCUGGCACUAAACCAGAAGUAAGCCGGCUCGGUGGUAGUCUCUAGUGUGCACGCUCUAUGGGCAACACAACACAGAAGAGCCAAGUAUUUUCAUAUCCAGGAAGUCAAGCUCUUUUGUCUUCAAAUGCCACUUAGCAGCUUUCUGGGGGUUGAAUUUGGCUCCACCUCCAUCACUGUUCAGGUCAAAGGAAAUGUCCUUGGUCACUACAGCCAAAGAUAGCUACAAGCCAUAGACAUAUAAAGAGUAGACGCCGCAUCGAACGCUGCUGCCUGUUGGCGCUGAUGAGAAUUGGGGCGGCCAUCUUGAGGCGGUCACCCGUUCCACUCAGUGUAAUCUGUUCAGCAGGCGCGAUUAGGUGUCAGCGCAUUCAAUCAAUCUUAACUCUGAUAUAGAAACUGAUUUUCACGCAUUUUUUUUUUUUGCUGUUAACGUCAUACAUUAUAGCUAUGACACAGGACACAUGGG